UGCAACUCAGCCACAACGCCGUCUCUGUGGCGCAAUCGGUUAGCGCGUUCGGCUGUUAACCGAAAGGUUGGUGGUUCGAGCCCACCCAGGGACGGAGCUCGCGCUUUUUGCUUCCCCGGGGUGUCGGAGUCGGGCGGCGGUGGGGCGUCCACAGAGGCGGAACGUCCCCACCCGAGUUCCGGUUUUUCCGCACCAGCCGAGCCGCUUUGGGCGACGGCCCGGGGCAUCCGGAGCGCUACAGAGGACGGACCGUAGAGGUUGUCUGAAGGCCGAGGCCAAGAUGGCGGCGCUGGCGGCUCCCCGCCUGCUCCACCCGAUCCUUGCUGUGCGCUCUGGCAUGGGUGCCGCUCUGCAGGUGCGAGGGGUCCAUUCCAGCAUGGCUGCUGACAGCCCGAGCAGUACUCAGCCCGCCGUAUCCCAGGCCAGAGCCGUGGUCCCCAAACCUGCCGCACUUCCCAGCAGCCGGGGCGAGUAUGUGGUGGCCAAGCUGGACGACCUCAUCAACUGGGCACGCCGGAGCUCGCUGUGGCCCAUGACCUUUGGCCUGGCCUGCUGUGCCGUGGAGAUGAUGCACAUGGCGGCGCCCCGCUAUGACAUGGACCGCUUUGGCGUGGUCUUCCGUGCCAGCCCACGCCAGUCCGACGUGAUGAUCGUGGCUGGGACGCUCACCAACAAGAUGGCCCCUGCACUCCGCAAGGUCUACGACCAGAUGCCGGAGCCCCGCUAUGUCGUAUCCAUGGGGAGCUGUGCCAACGGAGGUGGCUACUACCACUACUCCUACUCAGUGGUGCGGGGCUGCGACCGCAUCGUUCCAGUGGACAUCUACGUCCCAGGCUGCCCGCCUACGGCCGAGGCCCUGCUCUAUGGCAUUCUGCAGCUGCAGAAGAAGAUCAAACGGGAAAAGAGGUUGCGGAUCUGGUACCGCAGGUAGUGCUGGCGCCCGGCCGCCCUGAGCAUCGUCCUCCCAAGAGGCGGUCAAUAAACCCGAUCAACCCUC